AUGACGCAGAUUGGGCAGCUGUACGUGGACAGGGCCGCUGAUGCUGUUCGUGUGGAUCAGGUGCACCGUGGGCAGCGCACCUCCUUCCUCUUAGACAACCGCCACCUGCGCGGCUUUUUUUUCUUCGACACACCAAGUGGCGGUGACGCUGCGCAGGCAGGAGAUGGCAAGGGCGGAAAUGACGAAGGCCCUCGUCAGCGCUGCCACGUCUUCUAUCUGCCACACAAGGUCGCACCCUUCUGCGUGCCGCGGCGCUACACCGCGUCCUCGCGCGAGUCAGUGGUUCGCGGCGUGCCGGUGACCCGCUUUAGUGGUAUGGAACGGUACGAUCAAACACCGUUGGUGGAGCAGAGCUUCUACGUACGGAACACGACGGACGCGGACGCGGCGGUAUCAAUGGCAAUUCCGUGGCGACUAGAGCUAAGCGCGCGUUCAGACCUCGAGCCGAGUAAGAUCACCGAGGCCUCCUAUGAGCCGCCGAAUUGGCGCUUUUUCGGCCACCCCAUGUUCGAUGAGCUCGUCCUUUCCACCGGGCACGAGAGUCACCUGCAGUUGUGGAAAGUCGCCUACGAUCUGAUCACAGUGGAUUUCUACAACUACUACCCCACGAAGUUGAGGCCAGAUGUUUUCGCGGUGCCACCGCAGUGUACAGUGGUGCUUCGCAAGGUCACGAGCUCCGGCAGCGGCGCCGCUGAAGAAGCGAACGCAUCGGCGCGCGACCGAAGGGCUUCAUCGGCUGUAACGGAGCCGCUGCUCGAGUUGGCGACGAUCGAACUCUUUCUUCUUCCGUGGAACGUCUUGCAGAACGCGUCCGUGGGAUGA